AUGAGGCAAUUUUUUGACGACACACAGUUGGUAAAGAUCGCGCACGCUACGUCCAAUAACCCACUACGCGACCGAAAUGGAGUCCUGCAUAGAGUGGUAAAGGAUCUGUUGGUGUCAUGGUAUGAAAGUAGCAUGAUACCCAAUGCCGCCCAUCUUCAGCUUAACAAUAUCGAGGGGAAUAUUUUUGAAUCGGAUUGUUUUGCUUUUUGGUUAAAUUAUGUGGAUCAUUUUAACGUGGAAGAAGGAAGAGGAAAGGGAAGGUCACGAUAUUCAGCUCUAUCGCUAUUGACGGAGAAAUAUGGAAAUGCCAGUUUGGUAAAAUGGCUUAAAGAAGCAAUCCAUACUAAGACCCUGAAGCCUGUGACCAAACCCUUUCUAGACGACCUUACACAAAUGCUGCAGAACACAUAUCCUGAGGAACUUGGCAUUUUGGAGAAGGUGAAGACAAUGAGCAACAUAAUUGCCGCGGACAAGAAAAGGAUUUUUGUGGAGCCGGAAGCUUGCGGAUGGCGCUUCGACCGUAGCGAUGGACUUGUUCCAAAUAGUGACGUUUAA